GCUCAUGCCCAGGUGCAGCGCUGCUAGAUUAACGCAGGGUCGACCUACGAGCUUGUAUUGCUGCGGGGUUGGGGCACGCCAGCCCCCAUUUCACAGCCACCCGCACGAGGCCGGGGGCAGCGCCACGAGGCAGGCCUCCUGGGAUCGGCACAGUGAUGCGGUCGCUCCCCCUGUUCGCCGUCCUCGCCGGGCGGGCGGCGGGCGAUCGCCCGGCGGCGCUGCGCCGCGCGACGGGCAUCGACGCCACGGAGGGGAUCUGGGGCGCCGACCGCCCGGCGGCGCUGCGCCGCGCGACGGGCAUCGACGCCACGGAGGCGAUCUGGGGCGCACCCUUCCGCGAGCUGGCCGCGCUGCACGGCAGCGCGCCGCCGGCCGCCGCCCUCGGCGUGUCGGCCAAGUUCUGCCCGGGGCGGGACCACACGGCGCGCUACCACGUCGCCCUCGAGCCGCAGCCGCCGCGCGACGGGGGCCCGCCCCUCCGUCGCGUGCCGCGGGCCGCGCAGCGCCGCGCGGCCGAGCGCACGGCCGCGGCCCUGGAGGCGCCGCCGCUCGUCCACGACUGGUUGGAGGCGAUCCUGGCGGCGUCGCCGCCGAUCUUUGGCUUCGGCGUCGACCGGGACGCGGCCGCGGCCAAGCUCUACGUCCAGGCCCGGCCCGGGGCGCCCCUGCCGCCGCUGCCCGCGACGCAGGCGAUGCCGCCGGUUGUAGCGCAGGGGUCGCGCACGCUCGCGCUCGAGUGGCGCGUCGGCAGCGACGCGACGGCGCUGCGCCAGUACGCCGUCCAGGCCGGUGCGGCCGGCGCGCCGCGGCCGGACCGCGACCGCCUGCGCGCCGUCGCCGACGCCCGGCUCGCGGGGGCGCUCGAGGCCGCGAGGGACGCGACCGGCGCCGCGGUCGAGGACGUGGCCGCCUGUGUGGAAAUCAAAAUUCUACGGCGCGUUCGUGCUGAACCGCCGCGUCGACCUCCACGCCAUCGAUGGGACGCCUGCUCGAUGGCGUGGCGAUGCCGGUUCCUUGCCGCUCGACGGAGCCAGCACGGCCGCGUCAUCGCCGAGACAUGACUUAGUGAAGAAUUGUCGGGUGCACCCGACGCACUGGUUGAUUUCCACACAGGUGGCCGCGACAGGCUUCUUCGCCCACGCGAACGCCUCGGCGCCGGCGGCGCGCGCGGACCGCGCCCGGGUCGGCAUGGACUUCGCGCGGCCGCCGGCCGCGGAGACGCUGGCGCCCGUCCUCGCGGCCGCCGGCGCGAACGCGACGGCGGCGGCGCGAUGGGCCGCCGCCUGUGUGGAAAUCAACCAGUGCGUCGGGUGCACUUCGAGCAGGCGUCGCGUCGAUGGCGUGGAGGGCGACGAGACGAUUCUGCACGAACGCGCCGUAAAAUUUUGAUUUCCACACAGGCCGCCGCCUCCGCGAGCGUCGGGCACGCGCUGUCGAACGUGCAGGUCGACGGAAACGGGUGCGUGGCGCUCUACCGCCACCCGGUGUCGCCGCCCGCGGCGGCGGCCGCGCCGCCGGGCGCUUACGCGUGGCCGGCGCCGGUCGCGGCGAUGCUCGACCAAACGACGGCGACGGUCUGGCGCGCGGCGGCGGCGCCGCUCGACGCGUCGGCCGAGGCGGCGUUCGGCCCGUUCGUCGGGUACGACGGCGCGCUGACGGCGCGCGCCGCGACCGCGGCCGCGCCCCCGCCCCGCGACGCGGAAGAGCUCCUGGGGCGGUGGGCCGACGUCGAGUCGGCGGUGCUCCGGCUCGAACACCUCGACUUCGACGCGCGGGGCACCAUGUACGAAGCGGCGUUAGCGCCCUUUCCCCUGGCCGACGGACACACGGCGCACGUCUACGCGUCCCGGAGGGGCGCCUCGGCGCUGCGCAACCACACGGACACGACGGACGUCCUCGUGCUCCAGCUCAGCGGGGCCAAGGAGUGGCGCCACUGCCGCGCGAAGCGCGAAGCGAAGUGCGCGACGUACGCCGACGCCGCCCUCGACGACCUCGCCUGCGAGACGGUCGUGCUGGAGCCCGGCGACGCGCUGUUCCUGCCGCGCGGCGUCGUGCACGGCGCCGUCGCGGUCGACGCCGCGGCCGUGCACCUGACCAUCGGCCUCGGCGAGCUGACGGAGCGCGGCCGCCGCCGCCUCGUCACGUGCACGCAGGACGGCGCCGGCACGGCGUGCCCCGGCGGCUAUUACAGCGCAUCCGGCAGGUACAGCGCCUCGGCCUGCAACGCGGGCUGCGACACGGGCUGCACGACCGAAUGGGGCACGACGACGUGUACCACGGGCUGCAACGCGGACUGCAACACCUGCAACGGGUGCUGGGCGUGCGCGGAGUGCGCCGGCGGUGGGCGGGUGGGCUGCGGCGGCACCUCCGCGGGCUACUGCGUCUACCCCACACCCAAGCCGACGCAGCGCCCGACUAUGCCUCUCCCCACACCCGAGGCCUUCCCCGCGACGUGCCCCGCCUGGUACGACGAGUCCGCGUACCAGUACCCGUUCUACUACCAGGACGAUCCGGGCGCAGACGACCUGCCGAACGACGUCGGGUCGAUCCAGGACGGCUUCUCUGUCUAUAACGGCCGCUUCACGUCGAAGUUCGUGGGGAUGGCGGCGCUCGCAGCGACGAAUCUGAUGGGCGACGUUGAGAUCUGCGCCGUCGUGACGCCGCUGUGCGUCGCGUCGUGCGUGAAACCGACGCUCAACCCCGUCGUUGAGGAGCGGUGGCGCGAGUGGUGCCCGGGAGCCGGCGGCUACGACUUGACCGACAAUCAAAAGAUCGUGGCGUUGGUGAGCGGCGCCUGCGGAUUUCCGAACGGCCUCGGAGAGGACGACGGCGGCUCCUCUCCGGCAUUCUUCUCAAACCCGGAGAUCUUCUACGGCGGUGGCUUUCGCGACGCGGACGGCAACGACGUGCUGCCGGGCCAGGGGUGGGCCGGGCAAAGUUGCGGAUCAGUUCGUGGAAUGGUCACUUACGAUGACCUCCCGUGGCACGUGAACGGGUAUGGCAUCAGCCUCUACAGUAUGAGGACGCAGGUGGAAAUCGGCUACUGGAACAACGAGGCGAGCACCGGCGCGGGAGAAGGAUGCGGCGCCGAGUCUUUCACGGGCCACGCGAGCAUCGUCUUUGCCCGGGUGCCGCCUCCUCCCCCGCCGACGCCGGCCCCUUCGUCCUCGCCGACGGUUGGACCGACGCCCGCGCCGACGACGGCGGCGCCGUCACUGGCGCCUUCACUCAGUCCGACGGCGGCGUUCCUGCGCGUCGAUAGUGUGGGGGGGACCACCAACUUCUGCCAGUCCGGCGCCGAUUGCGACGUGGCGUGGACCUCGCGCGGGCCUGACUGCGCGAAGGUCGUGAUACGGCUCCACGACGAGGACGGGUCGUGGCUCCAGGACGUGGCAUUCGGGGAUAACAACGGCGCCGCCCCGGUCGUCCUGCCCGCCCCGGGCGCCGCGGGCUUCGCCAAGCAUUGGAUCGCGGUCGCGUGCAUCGACGGUAGCAGGGAGUCGGACACGUUUGGGCCCGUCUACGUCUCGACGACCCUCGCGCCCACGCCGAGUCCGACGCAGUUCGUGCCGUACCCCACGCCCGAGGUCUCGCACGGCGUGGCGGGGACGAUCGGCCUCCAGGGCGUCGCCGCCUCCACCGUCGCAAGCCACGCGCGCGUCUUCCAGCUCGCGAUCGCCGCCUUCCUCGUAAUUCCGGCGAGCCGCGUCGUCGUCUCCUCCGACUCCGCGGCGCGGCGGCGGCUCGCGGACACCGUCGUCGUCGAAUACGUCGUGCUGUACGACACGAGCGCGGAAGCCAGCUUGGCGGCGGCCAACGCGGCGGUGGCCGUCCUGCAGCCGGGCGCCGCGGCGGCCCUCGGGGCCGAGGUCCAGACCGCCGCGGCCGCCGUCGGCGCCGCCGGCGCCUUCGCGGCCGCGGCAGUCGUGGACCUCCCGCCGCCGGCAGCUACCUUUACGACGUCACGGCCGACCGCGGCUCCAACAACAACGCCCGGUGGCGGCGGCGGCGGUGGUGGUGGUGGCGGCGGCGGCGGCGGCGGUGGCGGCGGCGGCGACGGCGGCGGCGGCGUCGUCAUUGCCCUUGUUUUCGUCGUGCUGGCCCUUGCUGGCGUCGCUGCGUACCUAUACUGGAAGAAGAAGAAAAGGGGUACGGGAGGCACGAAGGUCGCGCCCGCAACGAAGCCAUCGUCGUCCACGAAGGCCGCGGUGGCCGUCGGCGCCGCGGCCGGCGCCGGAGGAGCCGCGCUCACGGCGUCGCAGACCGACGUCCUCGGACCGCUCUCUGGAAUUCUAUCGGCGCUUCCCGCGGCUGCGCCGCCGCCGCUCAACAUGUGUCUGAUGCCGUUGACGCACGCCUUAGCCGAACUGGGCCUCGCGGUGCGCCAGGUGCGCUUCAACAAGGAGGCCGCGGAGCUGCUGCAGCGGCGCGGAACGGAGAUCGCCCAGAAGCUCCAGGACGUCGUCAAAGCGACGCAGGGCCUGCCGACGGGACAGGUCGAGGCCGUCGCUCGGACGGUGACGGCCAUCGGCCAGGCGCUCGACGAGGCGGCGAAGUUUCUCCAGCAGUUCUCGAAGAAGGGCGCGUUCUCGAAGCUCUGCUCCGGCACGCUCGACGCGCGGCGCUUCGGUCUCCUCGACAAGCGGCUCUGCGAGCUCAGCACGGAGCUCGGCUCGGCGUUGGACCUCCAGCAGCUCGCGCUGCAGGCGCAGCGAUUCGAGAAGAUCGAAGGCUUGAUCCAACUCCUCGGCCAGCAGACGGUCAAUGCGAACAAUCAGGCGGCGGCCCAGCGGGCGGCGAUCCUGUGCGGCAUCCCGAAGGGCAGCGCCGUCGAGCACGAGGAGCUCUCGGCGCUCGGCCUGAAGCUGGACCGGAUCGCCGAGGACGUGAGCACGGUCAUGGACCAGAACACGAAGCAGCAGGAGUCGCUCGACGAGAUCAAGGAAUUGGUGGCGACGAAGAACUCGAAGCUGCGAGGCCGCGCGCUGGCGCGCCAGGAUAAAGAUAGGGCGCUCGAGGAGCUGGAGAUCGAGUUGGACUCGGUCGAAGAGAAGCCCAUCGCGAAGGGCUCGCAGGGCGCCGUUCACAAGGCUUCGUACCAAGGCGACGUGGUCGCGCUGAAGAAGAUGAGUCUCGUCCUGUGUGGAAAUCAACCAGUGUGUCGGGUGCACCCGACAAUUCUUCACUAAGUCAUUUCUCGGCGAUGACGCGGCCGUCCUGGCUCGGUCGAGCGGUGAGGAACCGGCAUCGCCACGCCAUCGAGCAGACAUCGCGUCGAUGGCGUGGAGGACGACGCGAUGGUUCAGCACGAACGCGCCGUAAAAUUUUGAUUUCCAUCGGCGCCUGCAGGUCUCGUCGGCAUCACGGCGACGAAGCGGAACAAGAUGAUGAAGGACUUUGCGACGGAGCUGGCCAUCAUGGUCAAGCUUCGGAGCCCGCGCAUUGUUUCCGUGUAUGGGGUGGUGACCUGUGUGGAAAUCAACCAGUGUGUCGGGUGCACCGAUAAUUCUUCACUAAGUCAUUUCUCAGUCAUGACGCGGCCGUGCUGGCCCCGUCGAGCGAUGAGGAACCGGCAUCGCCACGCCAUCGAGCAGGCGGCGCGCGAUGGCGUGGAGGACGACGCGAAGAUUCAGCACGAACGUGCCGUAAAAUUUUGAUUUCCACACAGGUGGUGACGACGGACUCGAGUUGGCUGGGCUUGGUCGUCGAGUACUGCGGCGGCGGUGACCUGCGCGAGGCGCUCGACGCCGACGACGCGGCAAGUAUUGACGAAGCGCAGCGGAGGCGCUGGCUAUCGGACAUCUCGCUGGGCAUGGCAUACCUCUACUCCAAGGGCGUGGAGCAUCGCGACCUCAAGACGUUAAACAUCCUCCUCGACGGCGACCGGCGCUGCAAGGUAACGGACUUCGGUUUGAGCAAGUCCGAGUCGCUGGCCACGGCGGCGACGCAGGCGACGGCCGGGGGCGACGCCAAGGGCACGCCUGCGUACAUGGCGCCCGAGCUCCUCCAGCACAACAUCUUCACAGAAAAGGGCGACGUGUACGCCUACGGCAUGAUCGUCUUCGAGGUACUGACCGGAGAUAUGCCAUGGCGCGGCCUCAAUCAGAUGCAAAUCAUGAUGCAGGUGUGCAUUCAGAAGGACCGCCCGAAGAUUGAUGGCGAUGCGCCCGCGGACCUGGUAGCGCUCAUGGAACGCUGCUGGGCGCCCGAGCCCGACGCUCGACCCUGCUUCGCCGACAUCAAGGCCGCGCUGCGGGGCGGCCCCGAUACUCCUGCGCGACGACGGCCGGUCGAGGAACAGCCCGCGGCGGCGGCCGUGGACGAGGAGACGCGGCAAUUGCAAGAAGCUAUGGCGCUCUCCGAGCAGUCUCUCGAGCAGGAGCGGCGUCGCGCGCAAGAGCAGCAGGAGCAGGAGCGGCGUCGCGCGCAAGAGCAGCAGGAGCAGGAGCGGCGUCGCGCGCAAGAGCAGCAGGCGUCGCAGGCGGCGGCGGCAGCACCCCAACAGCCACAAACCCAGCCGGCGGAGACGCAACCGCAGCGGACGGUGAUGAUCCAGGUUCCGCCCGGCUGCGGCCCGGGCAUGCCACUGCAAAUCAGAACGCCGACCGGCCAGAUCGUACAGAUCGUCGUCCCCGCCGGGGCAGGACCUGGGAGCCAGUUCCAGGUCGGCUACUGAGGCUUUUCUUUCGCCCCGCUUUUGCUUUCUACCCCCAACGCCCGGUGCGUAAAAUCCCAUUUCAAGU